GACUCUUAAAAUACGAAAUGAUUGCUAGAUUUAUACACAUUUUUAACAUGUGUCCCGCUGCCAUCCGUUACUACUCGUCUCAUAUCAAAAGGGUAACUCUUAUGCCCGGUGAUGGCAUUGGCCCAGAAAUCUGUUCAUCUGUGCUGCAAAUCUUCCGUGCCGCUAAGGUUCCAAUUGAAUGGGAAACUGUUGACGUGAAACCAGUGAUUAAACCCAAAGGAAAUUGUGAAUUACCGAAACAAGUUGUCAAUUCGAUCAACAAAACCAAGGUGGGCCUUAAGGGCCCAUUAACGACGCCAGUGUGUCAUGGACAUGCAUCGCUAAAUAUGGCAAUGCGCAAACAAUUCGAUUUGUUUGCUAAUGUGCGUCCCUGCCGUAGCAUCGCUGGCUUUAAGACGCUGUACGACGACGUUAAUGUGGUCACCAUACGGGAGAAUACAGAGGGCGAAUAUUCCGGCAUCGAGCACGAAGUGGUGAAUGGCGUUGUCCAAAGCAUCAAGCUGAUCACCAAAAAAGCUUCCACCCGCAUUGGAAAGUACGCUUUCGAAUAUGCCGUGCAGAACAAUCGCAAAAAGGUGACCGUAGUACACAAGGCCAACAUAAUGCGAAUGUCAGACGGUCUGUUCCUGCGCAGCGUGCGCGACGUCUCGCAUCAGUAUCCACAAAUUCAGUUCGAUGAGUGCCAUUUGGACACGGUUUGUCUGAAAAUGGCGAGUAGUCCGACCGAGUUCGAUGUGCUAGUCAUGCCGAAUUUAUACGGUGAUAUUUUAUCUGAUAUGUGCGCCGGUCUCAUCGGCGGCCUCGGCCUGACACCCUCAGGAAAUAUGGGCUUAAACGGCGCUCUGUUUGAAUCGGUGCAUGGCACCGCUGCAAACAUAGCUGGAAAGGAUUUGGCCAAUCCCACGGCCUUACUGCUAUCGGCGGUCAUGAUGUUGCGCUAUUUAAACAUGCAAGAAUAUGCUAAUAAGAUUGAGAAGGCUGUUCUCGAUACUAUCAAGGAGGGUCGAUGGCUAACUUUCGAUUUGGGUGGUCGGGCGAAAUGUUCCGAGUUCACAAAAGAGAUUUCUGCUAAGUUUUAAUGAAAUCUAAAUGAAUCAGCGUAGUUUUUAACCCAAGACAACUUUAAGUUCAAUCAAAAUU